CUUUAUCGGAAAAACGGAGGCCCCCCCCCCCUCUGCUCUGUGCGGAGCUCCCGCGGUAUAAUAUUGCCUACCACUUAUCUCAACUCCCAAUAGAGCUUCUUAGCCGUAAUUUGCAACCGCUAACGUACAGUGAACGACCGUGAUGCCCAAUGCUCCCUUGCCGACACUUUUCCGUUAUUCCGGGGAUAAUGCACAGCGGAGUAAAUCGUGGACAUGUAAGCUUAGUCAGCAGUCAAUCAUUAAUGCCACUAUUCCCUUUAUCCCGUCGCCAACCGCUAAUCCCCCCAAUAUCAAUGGCCUUUUUUUCAACCUCUAUUUGUAAUCGAUGGCAGCUCACGCCGAUACGGAGUAAGGGCCUGCGUGCGUAUAAAUAUGCAAGCCUCCCAGGGUAGUAUACGUUCCCCCAAAGUGUAAACUACGUAACACACUAAAAUGGUCUCUGAAUUACUGGUCGAAGAGAAGAUUAAACGACAACUUGUGCUCUUCGCCUCCACUGGCUCCACCUUUCGUGGUGUCAAGAGCGAAAGUGCCUUGGCUGCCAUCGUUAGCUUUAACCACUUCCUGAAGACUUCCACCAUCGAGAACUUGGUUGCAACGCCCGGGCGCAACGACUCCUUGACCACCGUUUUGAACGGCUUGAGGCCAUCCUCCAAUCUCCCAAACUACGGCAAGAUCUAUCUUGAUACCCCACAGGCCAAGGCGGUGUGGAUUGUGGAGGCCGACAACAGGACGGCCGAAGAUCCAAUCGUGUUCUAUUUGCACGGCGGUGGUUUCGUCAUGAGCACUGGUCCCACCCAGGUCCAGGGAAUUUUGAACAUCUACGAGGCUGCCAAGAACCCUAGGUUAUCAGUGUUGGCCGUAGAAUAUUCUCUUUCCCCUGAGGCUACAUAUCCAAUCGCCAUUUCCCAGUCCGCUUACGUCUACAACAAGAUUGUGGUUGAAGAAGGGAACAAAAAUGUCAUUCUCUUGGGCGACUCCGCUGGUGGUAACUUGUCUAUUGUUUUAUUAAAGCACAUUGCCACCCCUAUUGCUGCCAUUGAACCUAAGCUUCCGGCCUCUUCCAAGCCAAAGGCUGCUAUCUUGUCCUCCCCGUGGUUGGAACUCUCCCCAGAGCGUGCCGGCUCCUACGUGGAGAACGACCAAAAAGACGCUCUCACCGUUGAUAUCUUGCAGAAGUUUGGUGUCGCCUACCAACCAGAUGAGCAAUUGAGAAAGACCCUUCCCGUGAGUCCGGUGUACUCCAAACCAGAGGAUUGGGAAGGUGUCAUGCCAGAAAAAACCCUCAUCAUUGGGGGCCAGGACGAAGUCAUGGUGGACGACAUUCACAAGUGGGUUAACAUUGCCGGUCAACAGGUUAACUUGCUUAUCGAGCCCCUCGGAGCCCACGAUACUUUUGGCCUCGACUUUGAAGACCCAGCUACGUACAACGAGAGAUUUAGCUCAGUAAAGAUUGUGAGCUUCUUGUCAAAGCUUUAGGGCACCUUCGGUACCACUUUACUGGACAUAGAGUAUCUAGCAACAGA